AUGCUGAUGCCAUCGAAAGGUGUGGGUCAGACAAUGGGUGCACAAAAUGGAUAUGGUGGAUACCCUACAAAAGGAGUAGGCUAUGGACCAGCAGCUGGUGUGACAAAUGGACAAGGUGGCAAACCGCAGGGAUAUGGUGUUCAGGCCGCCCCAGCCAAUGGGCAACAAAUGAAAGGCAACGGUUAUGGAACUCCUGGAGCUAUAGCACCCAAUGGAAACAGAGGCCAUUUGAAUGGGCAGGGAGGAGCUGGAAAAAAACCCAUGAAGGGAUAUGGAACACAACCUUAUGGGGCAGGUCCAAGUGUAGGUAUGGGAACCUCCAGAGGUCUGGGAGUACCUCAGCUUGCGAGGAACCAAGGCAAGGCAUAUGGCAGUAAUGGUUAUAAUGGUUAUGGAACUCAGCCCAUGGGAGGACACAAUGGCGGUUAUGGCCAUGCUGGUUUGGUUCUGGGACCUCGGUAUGGAAAUGGAGGAAUGAAGGGACCGAAGCAAGAUUACAUGUUCCUGUGUACAACUCAGCACAAUUUCCUGGACUCACCUGAUGAUGUUAAAAUUUCAGGCUACAGUGGUGCAGCUGGUGUGCCCAAUGGACAAGGCACAAAGCCCAAUGGUUAUGGAUACCCAAGCAGUGGAGCUGCCAAGCCACCAAAACCAGGGUAUGGCAGCUUUCCAAAUGGAUAUGGUGCCAAACCCAACGGUUACGGAAAUGGAGGUGUUCCCAAUGGAUAUGGAAGUAAACCCAAUGGUCAUGGAGUUAGAAAUGGUGCUUCACUUGGUGGAUAUGGAGGUAAAGUCAAUGGAUACGGAGGGCCAAGCAGAGGCUCAAAACCUCAAACUACCAAAGGAGUUGGAGCAAUGUCACCAAGCGAAGGUGCUAAAACACUCGGCACUGGCUAUGGUGGUCCUGCUGCUGUACCCAAUGGACAGUUGGCUAAAGCAGCCAAUACUGGUUACGGCAUGAUGCCAAAUGGGAAGGCUACAAAGGGUGCAGGCCCUUCCAAUGGAAUGGGCCUCAAAGGUGGAGUUCUCUCUCCUGAGCAACCAAGUGUUACACCUCAACAAGCAAUAACUCAAGGUGCGGCACCUGUUGCCCUCAAGCCAACCAGUGGUAUCUUUGUAAUGGCGACACAGGAGAAAUAUCAAAAGCUGCCUUUACCUGUGCCACAAGGUAAAAGCUACAAACAGACGCCGCUAGUCCCUCAGGCUACACCAGAACUGGCACCAGCGCUUACUCAAGGCAAGGACCCAAGGCCUGCACUUGAACCCACACCUGAACCUGUACCCAUGGGCCCACAGGGCAUGGGACCGAAGGCACCUGCACCAGUGGUUCCACAGAGUAACCCAGCACCAGAGCCAGCAGCAGUCCCAUCUCAAGGUUAUGUGACAGGAAGUGCUGUGCCUGAGCAAAAAGGUGCAGAGGCAGACGUUCUGUUUGGGGUAGACAGCCCCGGUGAGGGGGAUGCUUCCCCUGCAAGCAUCAAACCUCUGAAAACCAAAGCUGUUCCUGAAGCAGUGGCCGCUGAAAAUGCAGAGAACAUUAUUCCUGAAGAGACACUGACUGUGGGUGUGCCUGUAGUUGCACCAGAAGAGGCAAACAUCAAGAGUCACCCUGGGGGAAGCGACAGACUCGGGGUCAAAGGUCUCCCUGCAGGGGAAACUGGGGCAACUGAGAACGGAGGAGGAGCUUCAGUCUCUAAGGGACAGGGAGCCAAACCAGCCAAACUUGGUUACGGACAAGGAGCGUACCUUGGAGCCGGACAUGGAAAUGGAAAUUCAUAUGGAGGAAAUGCAGACGUGGGUGAAGCAGGCAAGUCCAAAUCAGGGUAUGAAAAUGUCUAUGGUGCUGGUAUACAGCCUGACUAUGCAAGUUUUGGCCAGGGUCUACCCACUGCCGAUGCCAAGUCAGGUGGUGCCAGACAGAUUCCUCACAGUGGAGCCCCAGUGGUUCCUGCCGGAUUAGAUGGAAUUAGUCAGCUUGAGCCUCAGUCUGCUGGCCUUGGUCCAAAUGGAAAAUUGGCCGCCAUGUAUGGUGGAAUGGGUGGCUUGCCUAAUGGUGCUCAGAAUCUUGGAAUGGGUGCAGAGAAGUCAAACACCAAGUACGGCAUCGGUGGGUUGCAAUUUGGCAGACAACCCCUCAGUACAGGAACUAAUGGUGCAGGAAAUUAUGGAUAUGGUGGAGGAUCACAUGGGCCUGCAGGUGAUGGGAAGUCAUCAGGAAAAUAUGGUGGUCUUGGCGCCGGCAUGGGAGGGGAUCCUGCACCUGGAAAUUAUGGAUAUCAAAGAAUGCCUUAUGAAGCUCAACCAGCUGCACUGAGCCCUGAAGUCAAAUCUACUGGCAAAUAUGGUCUGCCUGGGUCACAAUAUCAGCCUGAACCUCUUGGACUUGGAUAUAAUGGAAAAUUAACAAGCAAAUACGGUGGCGGUGAAGUUCCCUAUGCACCACAAGCUCUUGGUUUUGGGGGUCAAGCAGAAUCUGUUGGGAAAUAUGAGAACCAGGGAGUUCACCAGUCACAGCCCCUUGAAUCUGCACCUGGAGGCAGAUCUGGUGGAGAAUAUGAUACAGCUGGUUUACCUUAUGAGUCCCUGCCUCUUGGGCCAGAUUUGGCUGGAAAAUCCUAUGUGAAGGGAGAGCUACCGACUCCAGCGAUUGUAGGUAAAGGCGAGGGGAUGUCUAUUGAUAGAUAUCAAAACGUGGGCUACAUAAAUGGACAUGUGCAACCAGAAGCUCCCACUCCUAGCCCCACCUUGGCCUACCCCUCUGUCCCAUCCUAUCUGCCUGUAGAGUCCUACUUAAAACCUGAUGUGGUGCCUGGAGCAGGUAUUGAAGACCUGCCCAAUCCAGCGGGCACUGCCAGCCUCAGCUUUGAUUCUGCACGCGCCACAGAGACGCAGGGCCUGGGUCAGGCGUCUGAGCAACCCGACGACCUGCUGCAACAGCAGCUGCCACGAGCAAAGAAUGGCAAUUAUGAUUUGAAUGGCUUCUUUGGGAAUAGUGGCUAUCAAGAUUAA